GGGAGUAUAAGGGAUUUUGGUUAGAUUCACAUACUAGUAUUGUAUUUAGGGCCCGAGGGAGUAUUAUAAGUUGUUUUAACUUUUUUUUUUAAGUUGGGGGCUUUAUCUGGGUUUAUCUGGGUCAUAUUAACUACUCCGUACAUCACUUGCCCAUCCGCCUCACUCCUGCCCAGUCCCCCUACUGCUCUCGCCGCCCCGACCACCGGCGGCCGCCGACACGAUGUCCUCGCCGGAGCAGGAGCCGAUCUACGACCUACCUCAACUCGCCGACGAGCUCCUCGAGGAGAUCUUCCUCCGCAUCGCCUCGCCCGCCGACCUCGCACGGGCCUCCGCCGCCUCGUCACCGGCCGCUCCUUCCUCCGCCGCUACCGCUCCCUCCACAAGCCGGCUCCCCUCCUGGGACUACUCGGCCACGACGGCUUCCACCCCGCCGAGCCGCCCCACCCCUCCGCCGCCGCCGCCGCCCGAGCCCUCGCUCAGGCCGCCGACUUCACCUUCUCGUUCCUCCCGUCCCCCUGCCGCUGGAUUCAACAGGAUUGCCGGGAUGGCCGCGUCCUCCUCGAACGCAGCCUAUCCGACAACGACGACGCCGGUGAAGGGGAACUCGUCCCGUUCGACACCAGGAACAUGGCGGAUCUCGCCGUCUGUGACCCCGUAUCCAGGCGUUACGUCAUCCUCCCCCCAAUCCCCGACGACCUGAUCACCUCCGGUGAGCAGGAGGGCCUCCUCGUUUUCGAGACCUUCCUCGCUCCCGCCGCCAAGGAGGAGGAGGAGAUGGUGGGCACGACGUCAUUCAGAGUGGUGGCGAGGGCGAACUACGAAAGCAAGGUGGUCAUCUUCGUCUUCUCUUCACUCACCGAGGAAUGGCACAGCUCCAGAUCUGUCAGUUGGUCUCUCUUGACCGCCGAUCCCUGGUUGUCGUCGACAGCUCAGGCGCAUCUAUGGUUUUUCCCGCGUUACUACGCGCACUUCGUCUACUGGGUGAUGCAUCUGGUGGAUAUGUUGCUCGUGCUUGACACAUCCAAGAUGGCGUUCUUCACCAUCAACUUCCAGUGGGAUCGAGACUUUGCUAUUCUGGAGACAGAGGAAGACAUGAUUGGAGCAUUCUGCCUGAAGGGAGACUUAUCCGGAAGAACUCACCUCUGUUAUGGGACUAGGCGAAUCGAUGCUGAUUUUGCCGAUAGUCCACCGUUGAACUUAGACAAGACAAUCCCCUUGCCCUUGCCCUUGGAUCAUUGCUAUCACAUUAUAAAUGCAACCCAGGAUACUUGCUCUUGCAAGGGCGGCGACUACACUCGUCCAGACGCACUACGGAGGAGGAUGAUACAGAUAUGCUAUAUUUCACAUUGGAGCCCAAAACAAUGCUUCUCGAGAAGGUUUGCGGAAUGAGUAGACCAAAUGUCACUGCAAAGAUAUAUACCAGUUUCCCACCAUCCUUGUCACUGCCAAGUCUGAAUACUGAAUAUGGUAAGCUUUUUAUUAUAGCAUCAGUAACAUCUUGCCAAGUCUGGCCUUGGGGAUCAGCUCUUGUGAUGUGGAUUCAAUGUUGAUAAAGUGUUUACCUUCCUGGUUGUUCCCGGAUUGCUGGUUUUUGCUGUGCCAAAAUGACCUCAUAUGUGCUUGUGCAUUCUUAACCAUUGUCACCAUUUUGAUUGUAUAUUGUUUGACAAUUUCCUAGAGUUGCAGGCUCACCGAAACUAUUAUCUGUUGUUUGAAAGGUUUUUUAAAUUGAAGAAAUAAGAAAUGUGAUCAUUGAAACUUCAGAAAGCACAUUUAACUCUUAUCUAAGGCUCUGAGCUACAUGCAAUUUUUUCCCCGUUUUAUAGUCGUUCUGACAUAAAUGGAACCUAUUCGUGCAGUGUGGUUACUCUGGGCAUAUCCAAAUUAGCUCAUCCCUAGAUCUCCACAAUUGCCCCAAUUCAUUUCUUCUGCCCCUUAGCCAUUUAUUAUAGUUGUGUCUUCAUCCGAGUUGUUUCGUGGUGGUGCUUGAAUGGCUAGUCAUACUUGGGAGUAGGGAAUGCAGCCGUGAUGAUUUGCAGUGUUGCUCUACAAAUUAGCAGCAAACUUAGUUUUGCACAAAAUGGUUUCUGGUAUGGAACAGCACUGGCACUAUUAGAUUGCAGACCAUUGCUACCUACAUGGCAGAUAUGUAUAAAAAGAUAUGAAUGUGAUAUAUCAUAUGAAUAUAAUUUAAUGAUUACCCAUAGCCUCACAUAUAUGAACCAAUAGUGGGUUCAGUUAUACUGGAACCAAUAUAACUGACUUUUACCAUUUUGUUAGCUUCGAUGCUUCUUGUCAUACACAAGCACAACCUAGGUCAAGGAACAAGCAAUCAACAAGAUAGACCAGGAAUGGGAACAUUGGACUUACUUUUAGGCUUGUUUGGUUCAAUGAGAAGGAGUGCUCAGGAGCCAGGAAGGAAUAUCUUGGUAGACAUGAAGCUACAACUGACGGUGGUGGCAUCUAUCAGUAUUAGUUUGUUCAAACGUUGUCUAGUUUGUUUAGGUAGUCCUAUUCCACUUUUAGCCCUUGUGAUGUAUUUUUGUAUUUGGUUGCAAGUCAAGUCAGGCAGAUCGUGGCUUUUGGAGCUUUUCAGGUUUGUCCAAUAGAAUCCUGUGAAAUUAAGGUGGAUGGAAUCUAUUAAAUGUUUGGAACCAUGUUUUGUCUGUCA